AAUCAGUUAUUGCUGAAAAGUUGAACAACAAAGUAGUGUUAGUUUCGUUUAUUUUGUAAUUAAAAAUACGUAUACAAUAAAAAUAAUUAAAAAAUAAAAUGUGUAAUAUAAUUAUCUAAUAUAAAAUCUGUUUAUUUUUAUAAGAAACCCUUUAAAUUUGCGAAUUUCAGAGAAAGAAAUAAACAUGUUUAACGAUUUCAUAACAAAGUUUUGUUACAACAAUUAAUUGAUAUUUAACAUAACAUAUUGCAAAAAAAGAAAUAACCAUACAUGGCCUAUAGUUAAACAAAAAAGUUUAGUUUUUUUUUUAAUAUAUUACAAAAAAGUGUAAUUAUUUUGUAAAGAAAACAAAAUGGAAAAAGAAAAUUAUAAUAAUUACACAAACACCGUAACAGCAGCACAAGAUGAUAAUGAAGAUGGGAAAGGUGAUGAAGAUGACAAAGAUGAAAGUGAAUUCCCCCUAAAAAAUCAACAGAGAAACGAAGAAGUAGAAUUGCUCGAACAAAGAGAAGAUGGCAAUGACAUAAAUAUUGUUGUUGUGAUUGAUGCUGACCAAAAUGAACCUUCAGCAGAAAUAGUAAACAAAAAUGUAAACAAAUCAACAGCUGUGGAAGAACAUGAGGAAGAAGAAACAAAAAAACUACUAGAAGAAGAACCGGCUAAAACUAAUGAGAAAAUUGACCAAAAUGUAAAUGACAACCAGGGUGAGGAAGAUGAAGAGUCUACAACAUUUGAGCCUCCCUAUACCGCUCCUUUGGCCCCCCUUGACAUGGAACUUAUAGAGCGACUUAAUAGAGAAAGAGAAGCUAAACGUCGUUCUAGCUCAGCUGGUCGCAGAAGAUAUAGUCGCUCUCCCUGGACACGUAAAAGUGUGGAUAGUACGAAAACUGUUGCUAGCAUGUUUAUUGAAGGUGAACGUUUAAAUUUAGAUGCCGGUCGUCGUGCUCAUGAAUUUCAUACGAUAGUUGAUGAGGUUACUCCAGCUGUUCAUGAUUCACAUAGGCAGCCGUCGCUGUCAAUGACAAACGCCAAUACAGCUGACAGUUUUUAUAUAGACAGUACAACAUCCACAUUACUUUUAUCAUCGGAUAACGAACCGUCAUCACAUACUGCUCAAAACGCACCUAUACACAAUUUUACAAAUCACAACAAUCAUCACAAUAAUAACAAUUGCAACAGCAAUAACAACAGUCGGAAUCCUGCCACCACGUCUAUACCAAUGACGAAAUUAGCACCAUUUGAAGAUCCACCUGAAAUUGAAUUAAAUGCUCCAAAUGAUUAUUUCGAGAAACACGAACAAAAUCCCUCAUUGUUUUUCGAUGAUGGUGUGAGAUCAAUAGAUUUUGUUUUAGUUUAUAAAAUCGAUCAGCAGCAUCAGGUGCUGGAAGAAGAUCAUGCCGAAAAGCGUAGAGUAUUUGAGGCCAAUUUGGAGGCAGAAGGUUUGGAAAUUGAGAGGGUGUGCAAGGAGAAAGAACAAAUAUAUUUUGUUAAGGUAAGAGUGAAGAGAUGAAAUGUAUAAAUUGUUUAUUAUGUUAUUUUUGUUUUUACAGAUACAUGCCCCUUGGAGGUAUUGAGGCGUUAUGCGGAAAUUUUAAAACUGCGUAUGCCCAUGAAAGAGGUAUUAAGAUUUUUUAAAAUGCACGUGAAAUAUUUAUCACAAACUAGUCGUCUACGUAAUGUAGUCAAUAAUUUAUCAAGAAAGAUACCUGGCAUGUCAGUAGUGAAUCGCUCCACCCGCAGUGUAUUUUCUAGUCUUAAAGGUAUUUUCACAUUUUUCAUGAAACAUAUUUAUGUGGAUGAACGUUAUUUUCCACGGCGCACACAGCGUUUUACUGCCAUCUAUAGUCGUGAUAAGGAAUAUUUAUUUGAUAUACGUCAGGAUAUUUUUACACCUGCUGUCCGAUCGCGUAUUGUGCAUUCAUAUUGGAUCGUCAACGUUUUAACACCGAAAAAUAAAGAUGAAAUGGCAUUUGGCAUUGAACGUUUAGUGACCUAGAAUGUCUAUUGUGCAGCCUAUCCUUUGCACGAUGGUGAAAUCUAUGAAAAACACACGAUGCAUACUUUAAGUACACACUGGGCUUCCAUUAGUAAAUGGUAUCGUUAUCAACCGUUGGAUUAUGUUAAAGAAUAUUUUGGUGUUAAAAUCGGUUUAUAUUUUGCUUGGUUGGGUUUCUACACCUACAUGUUGAUGUUGGCGGCUGGGGGUUUAAUAUGUUUUCUAUACUCGUUGCUUACGCUCAAGGAUAUGUACCUUUUGCUCGAAUACAAAACAAAUAUAACCAUGUGUCCUUUGUGUAAUUGGUGUAACUUUUGGGACCUGAAAGAGACUUGUUUCUAUGCCAUUUCCUAUUUAAUUGACAAUCCUAGUACGCUAUUCUUUACUGUCUUUAUGUCCUUUUGGGCUGCACUAUUUCUUGAACUAUGGAAACGUUAUUCAGCCGAAAUAACUCAUCGUUGGGAUUUAACGGGUUUCGAUGUGCAUGAAGAACAUCCCAGGCCUCAGUAUUUAGCACGUUUACAACAUUUACCCAAUACUCGUACGGAUUAUGUGACAAAUAUUAAAGAACCUACUGUGCCCUUUUGGCGCAUGAAAUUUCCUGCCGCUGUUUUUAGCUUUUCGGUUGUGUUACUUUUAAUAGCCUUAGCUUUUGUGGCUUUGGUGGGUGUUGUUAUAUAUCGUGUGUCUAUGUUGGCCAUCCUGAAAGUGGGCGAUAACCCAAUGAAUACCUCGAGUGCUAUAAUGUUGGCCUCUGCUUCGGCGGCCUUUUUGAAUCUGUGUUUCCUUUAUGUACUUAAUUAUUUAUACAAUCAUUUAGCCGAUUAUUUAACUGAAAAAGAAAUGUGGCGUACUCAAACUCAAUUUGACGAUUCUUUGACUUUAAAAAUAUAUCUGUUGCAAUUUGUUAACUAUUAUGCUUCCAUAUUUUAUAUAGCCUUUUUCAAAGGCAAAUUUGUGGGUCAUCCAGCGAAAUAUCAUAAAAUCUUUGAUGAGCGACAAGAAGAGUGUUCCUCCGGAGGGUGUUUAACUGAACUGUGUAUCCAACUGGCCAUUAUAAUGAUUGGUAAACAGGCCUUUAAUUCCAUCUUAGAAGUUAUAAUGCCAAAAAUUUGGCGUAAAAUUAUGGCUUUAAAAGUGGGUCUAACAAGAUGUUUCACCAAAGAAGACAAGCAUCACAAAGAUACCGAAAGAUGGUGGAGAGAUUUAAAAUUACUAGAUUGGGGUCCACGGUCAUUAUUCCCGGAAUAUUUAGAAAUGGUUUUACAAUAUGGUUUUGUAACCAUAUUUGUGGCUGCCUUUCCUUUAGCACCAUUUUUUGCUCUACUUAAUAAUAUUCUAGAAAUGCGUUUAGAUGCCAAAAAACUUUUAACCCAUCAUAGAAGGCCGGUGUCGCAGAGAGUCCGCGAUAUAGGUGUUUGGUAUCGCAUUCUAGAUUGUAUAGGCAAACUAAGUGUCAUAACAAAUGGUUUUAUUAUAGCCUUUACCUCUGACAUGAUUCCCAGAUGGGUUUAUCGUGGCAAUUCGGAGGAUGGUUCCUUACAUGGUUACUUAAACUUUACUUUAUCAGAAUUCCGUACAAGUGAUUCAGAUUCAGAAUUGCGCAGUUUAUCUGCUAAAUACAAUAUAACCUCUUGCAAAUACACAGAUUUUCGUGAACCACCUACCUCACCGAAUAAAUAUGAUUUAAGUAGUACUUUUUAUAUAAUUUUGGCUUGUCGUUUAGGUUUUGUUGUGGUAUUUGAGAAUUUUGUGGCGUUGGUAAUGAUUCUAGUGCGAUGGUGCAUACCUGAUAUGAGUGUUGAGCUGAGAGAUCAAAUACGGCGUGAAGUGUAUAUAACAAAUGAAAUCAUUAUUGAACAAGAAGCCAGAAGGGCUAGAUUUGAACGUGCUAAACGUAGUUCUUCUGUACGUUUACGAGAUUCUGAAUCCAAUACUCCCGAUAAUGCCAAUGAUCGAUUUAUAAGAAUCGAACAGUUAUUGGCCAGUGAUUUAUCCCAGUCUCAAAUGGAUUUAAUAAUACACGGUGAUAAUGCCGAUACAGGCAUUCAAGGAGAAAACUGCUAAAGCUUUAUUUGUUUUACAAACAUAAUUACUUACUUUAAGCUCGAAAGACUUGUUUUUAGUUACUAUAAACAUAAGAACUUAGAACAUCAUUUAAAAAAGAUAAUCAUCGAAUAUUUAUUUUUAUAUAUUUAAAAUAUUUUUGUUUUAAAAAUUUUUGUUAUUGCAUUUUUAAAAAGCUUUUUUCUGGUAGAAAAGCAAAAAGGAACUUAAAACAAUCGUUAGCAGGUGCAAUAUAAAUACUUGUAUUAAGCUCUCUCUGAUCCUAAAGUUAUUAAAUUAAUUAAGCUUAAAUUCAUUUGUUAUGUUUUAUUAUUUUUUGUAAAUCAAGCCUAAAUAAUUAUUUUGCCUAAUUGACAAUUAUGAUAUUAUUCUCAUGAUUUAUGUUCUCACUGAUAUUUUUAUUUUGUUUUAAUUAUACAUUUUAGCUAUUAAAAAUAUACAUACAUACAUAUAAAUAAAUAUACAAUUGUUGUAAACUGUGGUGCCAAUAUUUCCUUAAUGAAUCAAGUAGUGCACAAGUAUCUUUACUAUUUUAACUAGUAAACGAUUAAAAACUCUAAUAUCGCCUUAACUUAUUUCUUUUCUUAUAGGAAAAAGUAUAAAAUAUAAAAGAUUACUGCAGUAAAUCAUAGAAAUCUCUUCAAGGACUUUAACAAGAAUGUAUAUUUUUCUAAAAAUAUAAAACUAUUCAUUAAAUAAUAAAUGAACUUUAUAUAAAAUUUA